AUGCAACUAGCUUUUCUGGACUUUGAAGCCGCGUUCGAGUCUCCUCACCGAGGCCGUCUUCUAAACGCGCUCCGCGCCGAUGGAAUACCAGGUUCGGUCGUUCGCUCGCUUGAUGACAUGAAUCAACGAACAACUGCUGCAGUUCGAACACCAGCCGAAUGUACAACACCGUUUGAAGUGGUAACUGGAGUAAGACAAGGGACAGUGACUGGACCCUUCCUGUUCAAUUUCGCCAUCGACGACAUUAUGCGAAGAACAGUCGACCAGAGUCCUGCCGACAUUGUCUUAGCACCAUCAGGGUGCCCCUUGACUGAUCUCAAGUACGCCGACGAUGUUCUUAUAUUCGCAGAAAGCAGUACGAAACUUCAACAUGUUGUCAACCUUGUAUCGAAGCUGGAUUUUACAUAUGGACUACGCCUGCGCCCUUAUAAUUGUUAG